AUGGCGAAGAUAGAUGCGACACGCAACUACUAUGCGGACCUGAGCAUUCCUGCAACCGCUAGCGACAACGAUAUCCGCAAAUCGUUUCGCAAGCUCGCCCUCGAGUGCCAUCCCGAUCGGCAUCCCGGCCAAGAGCAGGAGUGGGUUGCGAAAUUCCAGCAGAUCCAGGCUGCGCACGAGGUUUUGAGCGACCCGCAUCAACGGGCAAAGUACGAUGCAGAACGAAAGAAGUUUAGGAACCUGAACAUACCGCCAUACCACCCUCCGAACACGCCCCGAAGCCGCCCUCCUCCACCCCCGCAAUACCUACACGAGUACGCCAAAUGGUGGGCACACCAUAACACCUACACGAAUGGCGCAGAUCGGUUUGCGGGUAACAACUUCAAGAACUUCAGGACUCCACCUACCGCAAAGAAGCCUGAACCUGCGAAUGUAUUUACGGCAUGGCAGAAGAUGAAGCAACCGCGGCCGGAGCAGCCGAGACCAAAUUCCACGAAUGCGAACAAUCCGAACGGUACACCCUUCGGUCGUAAUCAGAGUACGCGGAUGCCCUCUUCUAGCAAGAAAGGUUUUGAUCCUAGCUCCGCCGGAGAUGAAGGCCAGGCGCGCUCGGCAUACCGCUCCAACUAUGAGCGACCGAAGGCGUCUCCCCUAGACGAAGAUAUUGCAGAGGACGUGCCCUUCUCUGAGGGUAAUCGCGUACGAACUCCGUACUUCUCGACAAAGUCAGGAGAGCGGACGUCGAUGUUUGGAGAGGGCGUGGGCAGAUCCGCCAGUGUUCGCAACUCACCUACCCAUCGGCCGGGCUCAUCUGCCGAUCCAGGGUCUUACUCGGAUUCAGGACAUCGACAGCGGACUUCAUAUAGCGGCCCUCCAAAGGAAAACCCGUUUCCUCACAUGUAUGUCUCAAGCAGUGACGAGGAAGACGAAGCUUCGGCAUUCAGUAAAGGCAGGAAGCACCGUGGUCCACCUCCGCCCAAAGAGUCGCCGCAGCAGCGACCGAACUCCAAGAUUUUCGGAACGCCACAGCAGAAUCCACAGCAGGGCAAUGGCACUUCUCCAAACCCGUUUAAGAGCAAGAGCGAGGAAAGCAUCAACAUGAAGUUUUCACCUGGACAAUGGAGCGGUAAGUUCGAAGGAAAGCCGGAUUACUUCGCCCCACAAAAAGGUGGCACGAGCAGAGGGCGUGUGUCGCCUUCUCGAGGCAGGUCCACUCAACGACCGGCAGCGGAGAAACGAACUUUUGCAGGUCAAUCACAACCGCCUCCACCUGCAUCCCCCUUCUCCCAGUUUUCACAGAUGCCCCCUCCUCCGCCAGGACCGCCGCCACAGCUGAACACGCAGACAGCAUUUCCUAGCGGAAGUAACUCUGCACCUCAUACUGCUAAGUUCGCACCAGACGUCUGGACCGAGACUUUUAAAGAGCCAAGCUGGGCCUACCCAACGCCAUCGCAGCCCAAGGAAACCUCGCCUCGGCGUGGUUCUGCUGCUACCAAGCGACCCAAUCCCGCUCGCAAGGGAUCGGUUGUUCCUGACAGUAUGUCCAAUACUGAAGGCCAGUCUGAGCGGAAGCCGAAAUAUCAAGCUUUUACCGAAGAUGAUGGUGCUGGUGAUGCUAUGGAUGUUGACGAAGAUAGCCCUUCGAUAGGGAAGCCAAAGCCUGUCCCGGCAUUUGCGUCUGCAGCGAGCUCAUCCAAAGCGAAGACUUCUGGAACAGGUACGGUGCCGAACGGCACCGCUGCCACUUCUUCUACUGCUCCCACUGACAAGGCUGUUGAUCCAGGUCUCAACGGUCUGGCUGGUUUGGGUAACGUGGAGCCAUUCCUUCCUGCUACAAACCGUGGAAUGGGCCUAGAUGAGCUGAAGGAUACCUUGCCUUUCAAAUCUGGCGCUUCCCAAAAUCAUCCUACCAAGCCCAACACGGCCCAGAAGUUGAAGUACCCUGAGGUACCUGUGGCGCCAUUUGUCCCACCGAAACUCGACCCGGCCUCCAUGAACGACUACUUCAGCCGCAUGGAGAGCUACGUGCGACAGUACAGGAAAUGGAACCAGAACAUGAUGAGUCACUUCGCUGCGCGCGAGGAAGAGCUCAACGAUUUGGAGGAUCGCUUCAUACACCAACGAGGCGAAACCACCAACAGAAUCGGCUUUCCAGGUUAUCUGGCUAGGAUGAAGGAAGACGAAACUGUGAUGGAGACAUGGAAAGUUGGUCAGGAGAUGCACAUGAUGGCUAUGAUGAAGUGUCAAGACGUCCGCAACAAGACGAUGAAACAGUACUUACCAUCUGGCUAA